CGCGCGCCUCCGGAACGUAGAGUAACAAUCACAACCCCACAUUCCGGGCGAGCGCGAGCCAGCGAGCGGGAAGGGAUGCGAGCCGGGCCGAGGCGCCGCGCGAGCGCCCUGCAGCCAACGUGAGCGCCGGUGGGAGCCUGCGUGCGUGCGCUCCCCUCCUCGGGCUCGCGUGCGUCCUGGAAGCGGUGGCCGUGGCGGCUCCCUCCGGCGUGCAGAGCCAGCCCGCCGCCAGCAGCAGACGCUGCUCCUGCUGUUGCGGAGGGGAGCAGCUCCUCUCUCGGCUGCCACUCCCCACCCCCGGCCCUCGGGGGAAGCAGCGGCUUCGGCAAGACUGGACCUGGGCAGCGGGUGGCACAGCUCUCGAGCCCUCGCCCCAGGGAGCCCAGCGGGGGAGAGGACGCAGCGCCCAAGGGGGCCCCCAGGGGAGAGGAAGAGGCAGCCCCAGCCGAACUUGCACGCAGCUGCAGCCACUCCGGGGAGGGGGCCAAGAGGCAAAGGCGGUCGGCACGGGGCACCCUCGCCCCCUCCCCCCCGGCCCGGAGCUUCCCACCUCGGUCCGCGACACCAGGAAGACGGCGCCCGAGCCCCUCUCCCGUCGAGACCGCCGCAGUAGGAGGUGGGGGCGAGGAGCGUGCUGAGCGAGUCCUCCGCCCGGGGCGUGGAGCCCCCGCCGAGGGGCGCGGCGCCUGCGGCCGAGACUCGCGCAGGCUCCAGCCCCUCGGGCACAACUUUCUCGCCCCCCUCCUUCCCCGCAGCCGGACUGCCCUGCCCAGCCAAGCCGUCGUUCCGGAGGAGAAGGCGCGCCGGAGCCAGCCCGGGCGCGGGGGCCCUGCCUUUCCCCAAGGGUCGGCAUCAUGUCGGCAGCGCAGGUGUCCUCGUCCCGGAGACAAUCGUGCUACCUGUGCGACCUGCCCCGCAUGCCCUGGGCCAUGAUCUGGGACUUCUCGGAACCCGUCUGCCGCGGUUGCGUCAACUACGAGGGCGCCGACCGCAUCGAGUUCGUGAUUGAGACGGCGCGCCAGCUCAAGCGGGCGCACGGCUGCUUCCAGGACGGCCGCUCCCCCGGGCCGCCGCCUCCCGUCGGGGUCAAGACAGUGGCCCUGUCGGCCAAGGAGGCGGCGGCGGCGGCAGCAGCAGCGGCGGCCGCCGCGCAACAGCAACAGCAGCAGCAGCAGCAACAGCAGCAACAGCAGCAAGUCAACCACGUCGAUGGGUCCAGCAAGCCCGCGGUGCUGGCCGCCCCGUCCGCCUUGGAGCGCUACGGCCUGAGUGCAGCCGCCGCCGCCGCUGCCGCCGCCGCCGUGGAACAGCGCACCCGCUUCGAGUAUCCGCCGCCGCCGGUGAGUCUGGGCAGCAGCGGCCACGCCGCACGACUGCCCAACGGCCUGGGCGGCCCGAACGGCUUCCCCAAGCCGGCGCCAGAGGACGGUCCCCCGGAGCUGAACCGCCAGAGUCCCAACUCGUCCACAGCGGCGGCGACAGUGGCUUCUCGGCGUGGCACGCAUGGUGGGCUGGUGACGGGGCUCCCCAACCCUGGUGGUGCUGGUGGCGGCGGCGGCGGGGGUCCCCAGCUCACCGUCCCCCCCAACCUGCUGCCGCAGACGCUGCUUAAUGGCCCGGCCCCCGCCACCGUGCUGCCUCCGCCCCCACCCCACGGCCUGGGCAGCCGAGGACCCCCUACACCCGCGCCCCCCGGCGCCCCCGGGGGGCCCGCUUGCUUGGCCGGCGCGGCUGCUGGCGUAGCGGCCGCAUCGUCGUCGUCGGCCACGGCGUCGUCUUCAACCUCGUCGUCGGUGGCCGAGGUGGGCGUGGGGACCGGUGGCAAGAGGCCCGGCUCGGUGUCGAGCACGGACCAGGAGCGCGAGCUCAAGGAGAAGCAGCGCAACGCCGAGGCCCUAGCCGAGUUGAGCGAGAGCCUGCGCAACCGCGCCGAGGAGUGGGCCAACAAGCCCAAGAUGGUCCGCGACACCCUGCUCACGCUGGCUGGCUGCACGCCCUACGAGGUGCGCUUCAAGAAGGACCACUCGCUGCUGGGCCGGGUCUUCGCCUUCGACGCCGUCUCCAAGCCCGGGAUGGACUACGAGCUGAAACUGUUCAUCGAGUACCCCACGGGCUCGGGCAACGUGUACUCGAGCGCGUCCGGGGUGGCCAAGCAGAUGUACCAGGAUUGCAUGAAGGACUUCGGCCGUGGUCUCUCUUCCGGCUUCAAGUACCUGGAAUACGAGAAGAAGCACGGCUCCGGGGACUGGCGCCUUCUGGGGGACCUGCUGCCCGAGGCCGUGCGCUUCUUCAAGGAGGGCGUGCCCGGCGCCGACAUGCUGCCCCAGCCCUACCUGGACGCCAGCUGUCCCAUGCUGCCCACCGCUCUGGUGAGCCUCAGCCGCGCCCCCAGUGCGCCUCCAGGAACGGGAGCCCUGCCGCCCGCCGCGCCCUCGGGCCGGAGCACAGCCUCCAGCCUGCGCAAGAGGAAAGCGUCCCCGGAGCCCCCAGACUCAGCCGAGGGCGCGCUGAAGCUGGGCGAGGAGCAGCAGAGACAGCAGUGGAUGGCGAACCAGAGCGAGGCGUUGAAGCUCACCAUGACUGCCGGGGGCUUUGCGGCUCCGGGACACGCGGCAGGGGGGCCGCCACCACCACCUCCGCCGCCGCCACCACCACCCCUGGGACCCCAUUCCAACCGGACCACCCCGCCCGAAUCGGCACCCCAGAACGGCCCGUCCCCCAUGGCCGCCCUCAUGUCGGUGGCAGACACUCUGGGCACGGCGCACUCGCCCAAGGACGGCAGCUCUGUGCAUUCUACCACUGCAUCGGCCAGGCGCAACAGCAGCAGCCCGGUGUCCCCGGCCUCGGUGCCGGGUCAGCGCCGCUUGGCAUCACGCAAUGGGGACCUGAAUCUGCAGGUGGCGCCUCCGCCGCCGACCGCCCACCCGGGCCUGGACCAAGUGCAUCCCCAAAACAUUCCAGACUCUCCUAUGGCCAAUAGUGGACCCCUGUGCUGUACCAUUUGCCACGAACGUUUGGAGGACACGCAUUUCGUUCAGUGCCCGUCCGUCCCCAGCCACAAAUUCUGCUUUCCCUGCUCCAGAGAGAGCAUCAAGGCCCAGGGGGCCACAGGCGAAGUGUACUGCCCCAGCGGAGAGAAAUGCCCCUUGGUUGGGUCAAAUGUACCUUGGGCUUUCAUGCAGGGGGAAAUCGCGACUAUCUUAGCGGGGGAUGUUAAAGUGAAAAAGGAGAGAGACCCUUGAACCACGGAGGGUAGGGGGGAUCCGCUGCAGCCGCCGCCUUUGCGCUAGACCAGCCCCGCGACCAGCCAGAGAGCCCCUCUCUCCCACCCGCUGCCUCCCCCCCCCACUUCCCGGCCCCUCACCCAAGAUGUAGAAUUGUGAAUAUAACACCUGCAAAAAGUUAGUCUCCUGUAUAGACGUUAUUUUCGUCGUCUGUUUAUAUUUUGAAACAAAGGUAUGUAACUUCUUGGUUUGGAGGAUGAACCGGUGUGUGUUGAGCGGGAUGAUAUCGGAUCAUUUCCUUCGCCUUCGUUAAUGUUUAUUUGGCGGCAGAAUGUUUGCCUAGGUACUGAAUUAAUAGCCCUUAGCAACCACUGCUGCUGCUGUGUAUUUUUGUAAAUGUUAUGCUCUCUCUGAAAGGAAAAACACACAAAAGAAAAAGACUUUUUUUUGUGCCAAGGCCAGUGUUGCUGCCUAAAAAAAAUAAUAUGAUGUUAGGAAAACGGUAAAAGCUUCUCUCUAACCAGCCCCAAGUGUUGAAGUCCUCGUUUUGUUCAUUUCUGUUUUGUUUUCCUGUUUUGUUUGCGACAAUGGUAAGGGGGGCGUUGGGAGGGGACAGGGGUGUUUUCCAUUGCAAGUUUGUGAGGGGGGGCAAUGUUUUGGUUCGUUUCUGCUGACCUGGAUGUGUUGGGUCCUCUCCGUGUUGUUUUUUUUGUUUUGUUUUUUUGCUUUAUUGAUGCACGGAUGCUUUUGAACCAGUAGAGCGAAAUGCUAGACAUGGAGAAUCUGCUGUUUGUCCUUUAUACAUUUCUGUAGUUAACACAACACUGUAAUGUGCCUUGGAGCUUAGUAACUUGUAAUAAAUUCAAUUGAUAUGAA